CCAGGCGGGAAACCUGGCACCCGAGCGGCGAUGACGCCGAAGGCCUAUCAAGCCGGAGCUGACAGCGCCGGGGGCCUGCGGAGGCCUGCAGGGGCGCCCGCCAUCGAAGCUCCUGGAGACCUUCCGGGGCUGGUCUGCGUCUGGGCCUGCGCGGCGGGGCAGGGCUUUGCGGGACGGUCUAGGCUGCAGCUGGGAGCUUCCCGCACGGCCCCUGGCUCCGGGGCGGCGGGCGGCAGGCAGGCAGCGCGCCGGGCAGCCCUCGGCGCCAGGCUAUGGCGGCGGCGCUGGGGACGCGGGAGGCGACGCGGCGCUGGUUCGCGGCGCUAAGAGGCAGGAGCCAGAGCCUCGCGGCCAUGUCAGCAGGUACCCACCAGUUGACUGCAGAGGAGAGGAGCCAGAUGAUACUUGACCUUAAAGCAGCGGGAUGGUUGGAAUUAAGUGAGAGAGAUGCCAUCUACAAAGAGUUCUCUUUCAAAAAUUUUAAUCAGGCCUUUGGCUUUAUGUCCCGAGUUGCCCUACAAGCAGAGAAGAUGAAUCAUCACCCGGAAUGGUUCAAUGUGUACAACAAGGUCCAGAUAACGCUCACAUCGCAUGACUGUGGCGGACUGACCAAAAGAGAUGUGAAACUGGCCAAGUUUAUUGAAAAAGCAGCUGCUUCUGUGUGACUCCUUCUAAAAUGCAUGUAGAAUCUUACAUACACAUCUAGCUGCAAUGGACUUUGAAGGCAAUUUACAUGAAUAAAUCAAGUUAUAAAUUUAGUUCACCUUUUGAACUAUCACAUUUUGUAAAAUCAGUGCUUAAAUAAAAAUGAUUUAAACUUGA